AUGUCGAAAAAAGGUCAACCGUACUCUCAACUAUCAGUCUCAGCACCAGACGCAACACCAAUUACAGUUAUAAAUCCGCUUUCAGAACCCCAACCCCAUAACUUAACCCGACCAAAAUCCAAACAACCAAAUCGGACAACCAAAACUUCACAGAAACUUACAUUCUUCCCUGAGGAACAAGAAUUUGCUGAAACAGACGAAUAUGGCGAAACGUACAGCCAAAUAUUCCAAAGAACUGCUCGCCGUGAAGCUGAGAAAUUUAGCAAGCUUGAGACAUCAAAGUUGCCGAGAGUCACUGCUUACUGUACUGCAUCAUCAUAUCGAUUAAAUGACUUGAUGAACUAUUUGAAAAGUCGAAAGAUUAUCAAUGGGACGGCGCCUUUGCGAUUUGAUGAAUGUAUAUACACUCCGUUCACUUUUUAUCCACCGCGAACAUCACCGUUAAUUGUAGGUGAACUAAAUAACAACGAAGACGCAGCUGAAAUUACGAUAAUAACACCUGAAGUACUAUAUUUUGAGUAUGGUGUUGUAGUAAUUUGGGGGAUGUGUGAGGAGGAUGAGAGAAGAGUAUUGCGUGAACUUAUUCCAUUUGAAGAAGAAAAACUAGCCUCUGAAGAUGUGGAAACGGAAGAAUUUCACUAUCACUACGCAGAUUCCCAUCAACCAAGUAUCUAUAAUGAUGUGAUCACUCUUAAGAAUCCCGGUAAUUACAUGGUAAGAGUCACCAUUUCUCAUGCAAUUGCCCAAUCGGUGAAGAUGACGUUGUUUGAAGGAUUGGUGGAGGACACUAUCGAAGCCACGAAAGACAUACCGCAAACUAUGGCAGAGACCGGGAAGGUUCAAAUGUCUAGGGUUGCAAUAACAAAAAAGAUUGGACAGCUUUUUAUCAUGAGGAUGAAUGUCAAUCUCGUGAGCAAUGUCUUGGACACCCCAGAAAUGUUCUGGUCCGAGCCCGCUUUUAAGGAACUCUAUAAAGCAAUAAGAGGGUAUCUCGAGAUUUCGCAGAGGGUUGAAGUUUUGAAUCAAAGAGUGGAUGUUAUUGGUGAUCUGCUCGACAUAUUGAAGGAGCAUUUGACUAGUUCUCAUGACGAACAAUUAGAAUGGAUUGUCAUCAUACUCAUUGCCGUCGAAAUAGUCAUUGGCGUUAUGACCAUCUGGAUUGAUGCAACUCAUGAAUAA